AUGGAUGACAAGGAGCUCGAGGUCUUGGUGGCCAGCCUUGGCAAGGCCGGCGAUGCAGUCGGCGCAAAGAAGUUUCAGGCUGUUCUGGACGCGAGGAGAGCACCUGUGCUUGAGGUGCCAGUGGAGCGCAAAGUCAAUCAAGCUUUCCACACCCUUCGCGCCGCGGAACAACGCCUACAGAAGAACGUCACGCUUUUCACCAACCUGGAGCAGUCUUUGGAGGCACAGCGCAAGCUUGUGGUCGUGGCCAACGACGAGUACAAGCAGGCAGAGCUGGAGCACCAGCGUUUGGUUGCGGAGCUGGCCAAGAAGUCGGGGCCGAAGGCGGGACCUCCGCCCAAGCCUCAGGUCACGGUCAAAGAUAUUAUGGACGGCAAGACACACGAGCUUAUCACGCUCGGCGAUAUGUUCUCUUUCGGUGAUGACGAGUACGAGCUUUCCACGGAAGAUAAGCAGGCAGCAGACUCCUUGGUCGAGCAGCUCAAUGCUGGCCUCAAGGAGGCCACCACGAAGGUCUUCGCUGAGGCGGCGGCUGCG